AUCUGUGAUUCAUUUAAGAGUCGGAUCGUCUGGUUACAUAGGCAGCCAGAGAGGAACAAGCGUAUGUAUUUAGAUGACAUGGCAUAGAGAUCGUGUUUAACUGAACAGAAAACGCCGUGAGAGGUAAUCAGCUGACCUGCAGCAUCCCCGAUCGUCACACUUCACCGUGCUGCAGCCAGGUCUAAUAAUCGACCUGCGCUCAGCGUGUUAUGCAGCCGAGAGAGAGAGCUCAGGUGACGGAGAGACCACAGCGCCAUGGCGGCAGAGAUUCCCCGUCCGCAGACGCGAAAGCCCGUCCUGUUGAGUAAGAUCGAGGGUUUCCAAGAUGUUGUGAAUACGGCUGUGAUCAUCCCCAAAGAGGACGGUGUUAUCAGCGUAUCUCAAGACAGAACAAUCCGUGUGUGGCUGAAGAGAGACAGUGGUCAGUACUGGCCCAGUGUCUAUCACACAAUGCCUGUGGCUUGUUCAUGUAUGUCAUUUAACCCAGAGACAAGGAGGAUCUCUGUAGGGUUGGAAAACGGCACUGUAUCGGAGUUUGUCCUAUCAGAGGACUACAACCAGAUGACUCCUGCACGAACAUAUCAGGCUCAUCAGAGUGGCGUGACUGUGGUGCUGUUUGUCUUAGAGAUGGAGUGGGUUCUAAGCACAGGUCAGGACAAGAGCUUUACGUGGCACUGCUCAGAGAGCGGACAGCAGCUGGGCACGUACAGGACCACCGCAUGGGUGUCUGGACUACAAUUUGAUGUGGAGACCAGACAUGCCUUCGUUGGAGAUCAUUCCGGACAAGUGACAAUCCUGAAGCUGGAGCAGGACAAUUGCAGCCUUGUUACCACCUUUAAAGGCCACACAGGCAAUGUUACAGCCCUGUCUUGGGACCCUGUGCAAAGGGUUUUAUUCUCUGGAAGUUCUGAUCAUUCAAUCAUCAUGUGGGACAUUGGAGGCCGUAAAGGCACAGCCAUUGAACUGCAGGGACACAAUGAUAAAGUGCAGGGCUUGUGUUACGCUCCUCACACUCGUCAGCUCAUUUCCUGUGGCUCAGAUGGAGGAAUAGUUAUCUGGAACAUGGACGUCAGACGACAAGAGACCCCUGAGUGGCUUGACAGCGACUCGUGUCAGAAGUGUGAACAGCCGUUCUUCUGGAAUUUUAAACAGAUGUGGGACAGUAAGAAAAUUGGUCUGCGGCAGCAUCACUGUAGGAAGUGUGGCCAGGCCGUUUGUGGAAAGUGCUCCUCUAAACGUUCCACGAUUCCUCUCAUGGGAUUUGAGUUUGAGGUGCGGGUUUGUGACAGUUGUCACGACUCCAUUACAGAUGAGGAACGGGCACCCACUGCAACAUUUCAUGACAGUAAGCACAGCAUCAUACAUAUGCAAUAUGAACCAACCAGGGGUUGGCUGCUCACCUCCGGGACAGACAAAGUCAUCAAGCUAUGGGACAUGACUCCUGUGGUAUCAUGAGAAUCAUAUGUAUCAUCUACAAGCAAGUCUGAACCUGAACCGAGCACCAUGGAGAACGUUCAGAGUUCAGGUCACUUCCCAUGGGCAGCUUCCUCUCAUGGAGGGAACACUCAAGGAUAUCAUGGCAUUGAACUGAUGUUUUAAACUGAGCAUGUGCAUUUGUAUGUAUUUGUGCAUGUGGAUUAUGGGAACAAACUUGUAAAUAUUGUCCAGUCUGCUUAGUUCAGGUUGUUUAUAUUGACAUAAACCAAUGUUGUUAUGUUGUCUGUAAAAAAAUAUCUUCGCCCUCAUUUUAUCAUCAUCUUAUCUCUUAUCCCAAACACAAAUGAAUCCUCAUGAUAUUGCAUCAAAGCAUGCUGGAACUGUUUCUAUAUUCAAGUGCCUUUACUGCACAUCAAUCAGUGGUUUUGGCAUGGUAAAAAAACGUUUGCUAUUGACUCUUGGUCAUGAUCCGUUGACUCUUUAAAUGUAAGCACUUAGUUUUACUGGUAUUUUUACACCAGUAAAUUUAUUGGGAAAAUUAAACAUGCACAUAAUCACAAAUGUUGUUGUUUACACAGGGUAAAGUUCAGUAAUGCUUUAUUGUAAUAAUAUUGUGUUUGGUUUGAUUAAAGCUGAUGUUUCAUAGACAUCUCAUGACUGUAAGAAACA